AUGCAGACCGUGAUACGACAAAGCUUGAGAAAGACACAUUUAACAACAAGGACAUCCUUCAGAACAUGUCAGCUCAGACGGCUAUCCUCAUCUAACCUCAGUAUUCGAUGGGGUCCUAAAGAACCGCCUCUUUACAAUGGAACCAUCCCAGAACAUUUUGCCUCAGUCGUCUCAGCUCACGGCGACCGCGAGGCUGUCAUCGCCCGCUCCCCAACCCCUCACUCUCACGAGUCCACACUAACAUACUACGCCCUGGACUCUCUAUCAAAUGGCCUCGCCCACUCACUCGCCUCACUGGGCGUCCGCAAAGGCCACCGCGUUGCUAUCUCUCUCGGCAACGGACCUGAGUUCGCUGCUCUGACAUAUGCGUGCUUCAAGCUCGGCGCUAUACUCGUACCGCUGAAUCCAGGAUUUAAUGAGCGCCAGGUGAUAGCGGCGCUUAAGCACUUGGCUGUUGAGACGCUUAUUAUAGGUGCCGUGACGGACCUGGCGUAUAAGCCUGGGCGGGGAAGAAGUAACGAACAUCUUCUUCAGAGCGUGGUGGGGGAUGUUACGGCGUCCAAGAUCCAGAGCGAGGCUGUCCCCUCUUUGCGUAACGUUGUGGUCUUCGACAAUCUCGCAAGCCAUCCGAAUGUCAAGUUCAACCUCAAAGCGUGCCGAGCCUAUACCCCAUAUUCUUCGUUAGCCGACGGCUCUGUACAGACAGUGAAACCAGAUUCUCCUCUAUCACCAAGCGAUGUUAUCAAUAUCCAGUUCACGUCAGGAACUACCUCACUUCCCAAGGCGGCCAUGCUUUCACAUCGUGCCAUUCUCAACAAUGGUGCUCUGAUAGCGCAUCGGAUGGGUCUUCAUGCAGACGAUCGGAUCGUGGUGCCUCCUCCGCUGUUCCAUUGCUUCGGCUGUGUUUUGGGAUAUAUGGCGACUGCUACUACAGGCGCGAGUAUUCUCUUCCCUAGUCCAGCUUUCGACCCUGAAGCUACUGCACGCAUGGUCGUUGAUCAUGAAGCAACUGGUCUCUAUGGCGUGAACACUAUGCUGGUUGCUAUUCUCGAAGCUCUCGACCGAGGAGACGUUGUUCCCCACGACCCUAAACAUCUACGCAAAGGAAUCGUCGCGGGUAGUAGCGUACCGCCAUCCCUCAUGAGUACUUUACAUAAACGUCUCGGUCUUGAGGAUCUCGUUAUCUGCUACGGCAUGACCGAGACAGCGCCUGUGAGCUGCAUGACCAGUCCUUCAGAUCCAAUCGAGAAGCGUACCUCAUCCAUUGGCAAAGUCAUGCCUCAUACAGGACUCAAGAUCGUGGACCCCUUAGAUCAUAGCAGGAUUAUCCCCAUCGGAGAGCGAGGCGAACUGGCAGCAGCAGGGUACCUCGUCAUGGAGGGCUACUACGGUGAUGAAGUCCGCACAAAUGAGGUCCGCGUACCCGAUCCCAAAGAUGGAACAAUAUGGAUGUACUCUGGUGACGAAGCAGAGAUGGACGAGCAAGGCUACGUGCAAAUCACAGGCCGAAUCAAAGACCUCAUCAUCCGAGGUGGAGAGAACAUUCAUCCGCUGGAAGUAGAAGACUGCCUGCUUACCCAUGAAGGUGUUCGAGAAGCCAGCGUGAUAGGUGUUCCCGACGAGCGAUACGGCGAAGCAGUUGCUGCUUUUAUCAUCCCUGCGCGAGGAUGGACGCCGCUGGAUCACAUGGAAGACGUGCCUUUAGAUAGAGCGGGGGCUGAUGAGGCCGGUACCCUGACGAGAGACGGGUUGAGGCAGUGGGUUGCGACGAAGCUAUCCAAGCAUCUCGUGCCCAAGUACGUUUUCUGGAUCGACGAGUAUCCCAAGACGCCCAGCGGAAAGGUGCAGAAGUUCAAGUUGAAGGAGUACGCAAAGGAUAUCUUAGGAGAUGAGGGCAAGGCAUAG